CUUGAACCCGAAAAAAUGGCCCCGAGUAUCGUCCCCUACCUACAAAACUUCAGCCCAACGCAGGCAGACACUACACGAGACAAAACUACGUCAUAAGCUGCAGUCUGUUCUAAGGAACACUGAUUGUCGUUACUGGCGAUGUGAAACUCGAUACCAUGGGAGCGUCAUGUUGACCUACAAGUGGAUCUUCCAGUCGAUCGACUGACGCAGUGGUCGGAAUUAAAAACUAUAAAAAGGCGAAAAAGGCGCUUCCCUUUCAUCGCACGAUGGCUGACCCUGGAAAUAUUAUACGUGGCCACAAGGCUAACCUUGCGAACCCCCAUACUUCCGAAGAGUCGAAAGAACGUUCCAGACAGGUCCUUGAAGAGUUGGAAGCUGGAGAGAGUGGCAUGGGGGAGCCUACCUUCCAAAGGUCCCCCACGGAGAAGGAUCCUGAAAAUGUUGCUCGCGGUCUGAAGGCUGCUGUGAGCAACCCCCGCGUUUCUCAAGAAGCCAAGGAGCGUGACAAGCAGAGGCUCCAGGAACUCGAAGAAGACUAGGUCAUCCCUGCGAACUUUGUGUGCUAUGACAUUUCCGUGAUUGUCAGGUUAUUGUGUCUUGUAUGAUACUCGAUGAUUAUCGAUACAUGAAUGUUCGAGCCCAUUGCG